GUCCGUCUACACACGCCUCAAAGGAACUCGUAGUGCCACCCUCUCUUUCGCAUUUUGAAAAAAUAGGGACAAAAAUCCAGCCGUGAACAAUUCCGAAAAAGGAAUUGCGAUUGUAUCCGCGCACCGGUGAUUGCGACGAGGAAAAUUGCGACCGCAGCCGAAAAUAGCUGGAAUUUUUCGAAAAGUGUCCCACCCCUCAGUCGGAAAAUUUGCAUUGCUCAUUCGCGCGAGUGAAUCGGCUCUGUUGUAAUCGCCUAAUCGAAGAUUUCGCAUUGGGAAAGUCGCCGACGUUCUACGUUUGGGUAACCAACGAGUCUGAAACGAGUGAAUGAAUCACGACUGCGGCGACGGGGAAAAAGUAGUCGACAUUUUUUCAAGUUCAAAUUUUCACUUGCGAAUGCCUGACCAUCCGUCCAUCUAUUAUAACACCAUCAGUCAGGGCUGGUAUAGAUCGACCGCAUUGGCAUAGUGUGGAAUACGGUCGAAAGUGAGUGAGAGUGAGUGUGAUUUUGUGCGAAUUCCUUUUUUUUACUGCUGUGCUGUGCCGUGCCGUGCCCGUGGCCCGUGAGGCGAUUCGGCCAAAAAGAAAGGUAGGAGUCGAAGAGCUUUAGUGCGUGACUAAAGCAGCUGGCUGAUGGUGGGAGCGCCAUCGUGACUCGCUCGCAGUACAGGCCGCGUGGUGUUUGUGUGUCCGUCCGUGUACGUGCGUCCAAGGUUUAUUGCGCUUGGAACGGGCAGAACGACGAACAGUUCAGGAUCCUCCAACGCCUACUCCAAAUCGCUGGGGCAGCGCCGACGAAGACAGCGAAGCCGUAGUCUACUAUGAUCGUUCUAAAUUCGGACAGAUUGUUGAACAGUGCGGGACCAGAAGAAGUUUAAUAUGCCGGUGAUAUCAGCAUAUUCGAGCAGUGGCAGUAGUUACAUCUCUCCGUCGUCUUAUCGCUACAAGUCUAGCCUAACCGACCGGAAGAGCUAUACCACCAGCACCAGCAGCAGCCUCUAUCGGAGAAGUUCGUAUCGCUAUGAUCUACCGAGCUCCUCGUCAGUCUACUCAUCGUCCUACCGUACGACAAGCUUAGCAGCCGAUCGCACAGCAGACGCAGACCUAUCCUCGACACUAGCUUCCGUAAACGUAUCGUCGAACGGCGACAGCGGCAUCUCCACUACAGUUAACGGUUCAGACAGCAGCAGAACCAGCAGACCUAGCCGGUAUUCAACAGUGUACAGCUAUAGUUCAUCGUUAAGCUCGGCACCCAUACGGGACUACAAUUCUAGGCUUAGUUCGCGAUCGUCCGACACCCGGUUCAAGGAUCGGGACAAUAACUGUCUCUGCGCAGGCGGUGCGGGUUCCUCUAGCUACGUUUCAAAUCUUCGCAACACCGCGUUGAGUGGAGCCGAACUCUACCAGAAGUACAGCGUUUCCACCUACAAGCCCAACAGCUUCGAGCGGAUAGUACCGUCCAGAUCCCCAUCGGAAACUCCAAAACCGAGUAGUAUCCUUAAGAACACUUCGCCAACGUCAGUGGAUAUCAGCAAGGUAAACAACAUUCCAGCUAAAGAUAAGAACAGUAAUUUUGACGCCGCCAACAAUAACAAAUGCUCUUCUACUAACACUAAUCAUGGCACCACAAGUGUUGCUAAUAACCCAAUACUAGAAACUAACUGCAAGCUUACGGCGGCUAAUAACCCCGGCGUCAAACCGGCUAGCGCAGCAUGCUUUCACAGCAUCCGUUCCGACAGCUCCACUAGUUGCAAUACCACAAUUACAACUUCCACAACAACCACCACCACUACAAUUACUACCACUACCUCCUCUACGGCAUCCAUAUUACUGUCAUCAUCGUCAUCAUCUUCGGCGCUGCAAGACACAAAGGCUGCCAACAGCAAUCCAACGACGCAAGCGCGACUGCGCAAGCCCGCUCCAAGUCCAACGGUAGCAUAUAGGUCUCCACUGAACAAACUACGUCCCCAGAGACCUCCACUACCAAGAAGUGCAUUCAACGGAAGCUCGGGUGAUCUCACGCCAAUAAGUGGAUGACAUAAGGAGCUGCUCGACGUCUCCAGCUAUCGGAAUCACAACUUUCUCAAGCACGAGUGUGAUCUGGUCAAGCGAGAGUUGAGCAAAAGUGCCACUGAAAUUGCCUUUAAAAAGUGCUCGUCCUCGACCGGUAAGUCAACCGGACACGGUUCUUCUGGAAAUUUGUUACUGGAGGCCCCUGCCAAACUGGAUGUGUCCAAGGUGAAACAAUUCUUGCCACCCGUACCAACGCCACCCGAAACAACGAAGUCCGACGACCAGCCCAAAGAUCAUGAGGAUGAUGACAAAAACCUUCACCAUAACCACAUCCAAGAACAACAACAGCAACACCAAAAUAGCAACCACAACAACAACCAAUCAACCGGCAUUCUAUCAUCACCCUCGCAGUCAUCUAGCGCAGCGCAGUCUGGUGUCGAACUACUAAAACCAAUAGAUAGGCCUACCAUGGCAACAACCAUUCUCGAUUGUACUCAAAAAUAUGAUACUUCUCUUUUCAAACCAUCUCCAUCAUCGACCACGCCCACGACUUCAACAACCACUACAACACCGUCAACUACAACCACAGAGUCGCUAACAACUGCUUCCUCUCGUUCAUCAUCAACUUGUACCGUAAACCGUACUUAUACCACAAAUUCUCGUUCUGCCGCGCCGUCCGCGUCCGGCGACACGAUGAAAUCGCUUCACAUCACGUCCGAAAUCGAUGAACCCAUUACGCAUGCGACGAUCAAGCUGCGGCCGGCGUUGAACGGAACGUCGAACGGCGGAGUGGCGACUGGCAGCAAGGUUCUUGCCACCGCUUCGGCCACCACGGACGAUCUCCACGACGGAGACUACCACGUGACGGCCACCAUACGAAUCAAACCAAAGUCUAGCAUAAGUCACGCCAGCACAAGUAGCAGUAGCAGUAGCAGCACCAACGGCAGCACCACUAGUAUCAACAACAAUAACAAUGCAAACGACGGUAACAGUAGCGGUGACGAUCAGGAGAUCGUCAACGGUGAUAGCGGCAAAUACGGCAGCAGGAGCAAUCUGAAUAAUAAUAAUAACAACAACAACAAUGUGAACGCAUUGAACGAGAGCGAACGAAAGGAGGAACACAAGGAGAGGCGAGUGAAUGGUGUCGCCGAACAUGACAGUGAUCGUUCGCCAGCAAUUGCUAGCGCCAAUUCAGUAGACAAAGAACCGAAAGCCAAUGAUGAUGAUAAAGUCUCUUAUCUUCGCGCGGGAACUGCAUCCAAAAGCAUCCACUCAACCAGCCCGGUUGGUUAUCGAAGCCGGGACUAUGACUCGGGCAUUGGCAGCUAUCGGUCCGGCCUCGGUAGUUCCUCGCUUUCUUCCUCCUCGGCUCUCAAGUCUAGUUAUGAUCGCACGAAUGACGACUCUAACGAUUCGUCACGAAAUGGUAGCGGUCGAAAAGAAGGGCUGUGCGGUCUGUGGAACAUAGGCAACACAUGCUUUAUGAAUUCAAUAAUACAGUGCCUCAGCCAUACCCGGGAGUUGACCAACUUCCUACGCCAACAGUCAACUACGGAGCGGGGAACGAGCAAAGAUCAUAAGAUCCUAGCCGAAUACACCAAACUGAUCAAAGACAUGUGGAGCGGCACCUGCCGCAGCGUGAACCCAUCCGAACUCAAGUAUGCCUUCUCCAGCAAGCAUCGAAUGUACUCCGGAUCCGCCCAGCAGGACGCGCAGGAGUUCUUGCGGUUCUUCAUCGACUCGCUGCACUGUGCGUUGAACGAAUCCGUAAAGCGUGAACCGAUCAAUCGAGCGAUCGAAGACGACGACAUGGAUAACCGUGUCAAAGCCACCAUGAUGUGGGACUGGUACUCGAGAGUGGAGAAUUCCAUGAUCAAAAAUCUCUUUGUCGGACUGCUGCGGAGCACGCUGAAGUGCACUUAUUGCAACGGUGCCAGCGUGACCUUCGAUCCAUUUUGGGAUCUCAGUUUACCACUUCCGUCCACCAAUUCGCGGUGCAAGUUGGAAAGCUGCAUGGACGUGUUCGUCAAGGAAGAGGUCAUGGACGGAAUCGAUCAACCAACGUGCUCGCGGUGCAAAACCCGACGGAAGUGCACCAAGAGUCUGACGAUCGAGCGAUUCCCCAAAUAUCUAGUGAUACAUCUGAAACGAUUCUCCGAGACCCGGUGGAGCAACAAGCUGACCAAUGUGAUCGAGUUCCCUACCGGGGUGCGUGAACUUAGCCUACAGUCCUAUGCCUCCGAAGACCAUAGCGGACCGGUGAACUAUUCGUUGUACGGGAUUUCGAACCAUAUGGGAUCCACCGCUGGCGGUCACUACGUUGCCGUAUGCAAACACCCGGUCACCAAAGAGUGGAACGAAUUCAACGAUAAUUUUGUGAGCGAAACGUCUGAGAGGAGUUUGGUCACAUCCAGUGCCUACGUAUUGUUCUACGAGCGAUCGUGAAGAAACUUACCCUAAAAAACAGUAGGAAAUCCAAACAUUUGAACAAUGAUACGGUUACUUAAGGGACACUUGCAAGAAAAAAUAAAAAUUACUUGAAUGAAACAAAAAAAAACAAAGAACAAUACAUCACAAUUGAAACAACAAGAUAGAUUUAUAAGAAAAAAAGAGCGGAAUUUUAAGGCAUCGUGACGACAUACAUUUAACGUAAGCUAAACCAAACCAGUGAAUAAUAGCUGUAGAGCACAGAUUUGAGAAAAAAGGCAAAACUAGAUUUGUAAUAUUUAUUUUCCUAUUUAUUGACAGAAAUCAGUAAGAAAAAUAUGAAACAAUAUUUAUACAAAUAAGCCAGAAACAAAUAAACGAAAGCGUAGUCAUCCUAGAAACUAGAUCCCUUGUUUGUUGAACAUGUUUUCUUUUACUUGUUAUUAUUUAUUUACACAACAUGUGUCGUCCAGAAAACUAUUUUAUUGCAAGAAACUGUUAGUCAUAUUCUAAUUUAUUAUUAAUUUAUUACGCUUGAGUUCAGCUUCUUUAUAGUUGAGCAACUUCAAACUAGCCCAUUGAAAUUUUAAAGAAGUGAAAAUAAGAAAUCCCAAUGAAACAAGACAAAAUACGAAACUGAGAUCUGUUAGAACGGAAGUCAUUUGAGGACGGGAUGAAACUAAUGUUAACAUGGAAGCGAAAAUCAAACAAAUCAACAAACUCCAUGCACUUCAUGAAGAAGGUGACACUAACUUAUUCAACAAAUUAAAAAUUGGUGCAAAACAAAACUAAGAACGGAUGGAACUAUCCGUCAGAUGCCUCUGAUGUCCCUGAUUAACCAUUGUUGCGUUGUGUUGAAAAUUAAUAAACCAAAAAGUCAAAUUAUA